CCGGUGGGCGUGGGCGUGGGCGUGGGCGUGGGCGUGGGCAUGGGUGUGGGUGUGGGUGUGGGCGGCGGCGUUAGUAACAACAAUGGCGGAAUUGAGGGGAGAGUGGUGGUCGGAAGAGGAAAAAGAAGGGCCGUGGAGGAACCGGUGGAUAAGGCCACGCAGCAGAAGCAGAGGAGGAUGAUCAAGAAUCGAGAAUCGGCGGCGAGGUCCCGGGAACGCAAGCAGGCAUAUACAGCUGAAUUAGAAUCUUUGGUGACCCAAUUGGAGGAGGAAAAGGCACGCCUUUUGAGGGAAGAGGCUGAGAAGAGCAAAGAGCGGCUUAAACAGCUGGUGAAGAAUCUCAUUCCGGUCGUGGAAAGUCGCCGACCGCGACGCCCUCUCAGGAGAAUCAACUCGAUGAACUGGUAGGCAUUCUGGUAGGCAUGCUUGCCGAUGCUUGACUAAUAAUGGAGAGGCAACAGAUUUACCUGACAUGUCACCAAAAUGACACAGAGGAUUCUCUGAGACGAGAAUAGUGAUUGCUAAUGAUGCAGAUGAACAAAUUGGCCAGAGAAUCAUGAUAAUGCUAAUUUCCAGUUACUCAGGAGAGGCGGUUGUUUCAGAAGCUCAGGAAGUUCACACUGUAAAGAGGAGCUUUCGUCCAUUGUGCAGCCUGAUAUGUCAAUAUCUUUUCUAGAUCGUUGCUUUGACCAUGUAGUAAAAACGCGGUUCAUCAGUUUGACAUAUAGAAUAGCAUGUAUUCAUUAAUUGUUGCCCA